AUGCCACCCAAAGCUGCCCGCGGAGGAGCUCCGCGAGGCAGAGGACGGGGUCGAGGUCGAGGAAAGGCUGCUGCAGAACCAUCAACCGCCGCACAAGAUGAAAAUUCCUCUCAAUCACAAUCCACAAUUGAGGGCUCUCCGCCUCCCGAAUCAGCUCCCCCUCAGGCGAUUACAGCUUUGCACAAUGAACUCGCCGACGAUGACACCGCGAUGGCCUCGCCCAACUCCUCCCCAGCGACAGUGCCCACCGAAACACCAGCCCCAACACCCGUCCGCGCACCAGAACCAAGACCAGAAAGCAGCACUGCUACAGCCACUACAUCAGCUAGGGGUGGUAGAGGUAGAGGAGGCGCUGCCGGAACAACCACUACAAGGGCAAGCAAAUUUAAGCCCAAAUCAAUCCGGCGAACCCAGAGUGAGCGUGAUCAGUUGGCCGAGGACGAGCAGAAGAGGAAGGAGGACUUUAUAAAGAAGGCACAGGAGGAGGCCGAUAGGAAAGAAAGAGCCGCAAAUAGAUCAAGGGGAUUUAGGGGAGGUAGAGGAAGAGGUGACGUUAUGGGGGGACGUGGGGCGGGACGAGGAAGUUCGGCGAGUGGACUAUUUGGAGUUGCGCCGGAGGCCAUGGAGCACCGUCGUGAUGGCCCUGUUUUUGGCCGAUUAGGUGGCGGGGCCGGCGGAGGCGGAGGCACUGGCGCGGGCUGGAGCGCGGGAUCUGGAGCUGGAGCUGGAGGCCCAAGAAUUAAGAGUGAAGGGGGACAUCACGGAUCAGGAACAUAUUCUGGAGGGAACAAAGGCGCUUUCUACGAACCUCUUUACCCCGGAUUCGAAGACGAUGACGACACCCCACGAAUUGACAUUGAGCAAAUAAAUCUCGUCUCUGAUGCGGAAUCCGACGAGCCCAUACCCACCGGUACUCGUGCGGUCAGAAAGGGAAAAGCGAAGGCAGGCAAAGGUGGCCUUAAACCUGUUCGUCUGCAUAGAGAGGAGCAUAAGGAACGAGUCACAAUUGUCAAUACCCAGCCGCAGACGAAGACGGAGCCUCAACUCAAAGUCGAAAACGAUGAGAUGGAAAUUGAUGAGUUGCGCUCCUCUCAAGCCGAGCCCCCUGCAGAUAUUAUACGGAUAAAGACGGAGCCAGAUCAGUCCUUGGACAUCCAGUCAGCUUUAGAGCUUCCUGGCCCAUCUUCGCCUGAAUUAAGGAAAUCUACUAUCAAUUUAGAUGUAGAAAAGAAAGCGAGACGGCCCAGCAAGAAGAAGGAGAAGAAGCCAGUUAUUCAAACUGAGGAAGACAGAGCGGAAUAUGAGCGCCACCUUGAAGAUGUCCGAGUCCUUGCGGAAGAACUUGGUGGUAUGCAAACUGCGGAUUCAGAUAAGGAUGCUGCUACGACUGGUAUGGAGGCGGAGGAGGUUGAUAAGAGACUCGGUCGCCUUUAUCUUUUCCAAUUCCCGCCCGUUCUUCCUAAGCUCUACAAUCCCAUGGCGAAACCGAAGCCACCCCCAUCCAAAACAGCAGAACUAGGGACCGAAGGGCCUACUGAUGUUGAAGUUACCGGCUCUGCUAGCAAACCUGGCCAAGCAGGUGGCAAGGACCCCCAUAUUAAAACGGAGGAAGCGGUCGUGGUAAGGGUUGAGGAGGAAGAGGCUAGGGAGUCGAAUGAUGUGGUUGAAGAGGAAGGCUGGAUUGGCAAGCUAAUCGUCAGAGAAAGUGGACGGGUUGAAUUGUCCUGGGGUGGCACAAGUAUGGUUGUCGGCCGAGGAGUUGAGUCUGGGUUCUUGAGCACAGGUGUUGUGGUCGAUAGCCUGGAGAAGGGCAUCCACUAUCCAAAUGGAGAGGCGCCGGAGGGGAAAGCUAUGGGGAUGGGGCAAGUUAUGGGGAAGUUUGUGGUUACUCCUGAUUGGGAGAAAAUGGCCUAG